AUGUCCCUUUUGUCUACCUUGACUGAGCAAUGGCACCCCGAGACCCAUACUUUCCAUUUACCCUUUGGGGAGUGGGGGAUCACUCCGUAUGACGUCUAUAUGCAGUUUGGUCUUAGGUAUGAUGAGGGAUCUAUUCCUUUUGAGGAGGAUCUUCUGGUUCCUUCUGAUGACGAUUGGAUGAGUUUGCUAUGGAUGAUACCGGACUCCUUGGACUUAUUUGGCCAUCGGUUCAGGCUGCUUUGGCUGUCCUCAAACUUUGCUCGACGCAUUCCAGAGACCGAGGUUACGGCCAUUGUAAAGGCCCGAGCCUUGAUAGUGUACACUAUGGGGGCGAUGAUCUUUUGUCAUGGGAACGAGUUGGUGAGUUCCCAUCUAUUAUCGCUUGUGGCCGAUAUCACUUUUCCCACACCGUACAAUUGGAAUGCGGCUCUCCUCGCCCAUUUGUAUGAAGGGCUGGACAAAUCCAGUCGCUACAUCAGGAGAUCUUUAACUGGUUUCAAUCUGAUCAUUGAGUUUCGUACUAGGUCGUACCUUCGUUCAGAUGCGGCGCUUCUCCUGCGACUUAGGAGGCUUUUCAAGCUUUACAGCAGUGCGACAUCAUGGAAGAUCUUCAGGCAACGAAGUGAUAUCUUAGAGAGAGGCUUUUCUGGUAGUUGA